UUCCGGCUAACGCAACCUUGACCUUACAGUUUUGACAACAUGAUAACUUGUAGGAAGAAAGUUCCACCUGUCAGUUCGUCUCUUGGUCCAAUGGGGCCUGUUCUAAAAAAAGUAUCAGAGAGCAAAAUGUCUAUAUUGUCUUUCCAAUUGAUUUUCAUGUUGUCAGGACUGACAGUAGCAUAUUUUAUGACAUAUCGAUACAUGCCGGCGAUCCUAGUUUCUGUUUUUGAUGGAAAUAACCAGAUUACGUCAUCAAAAGUUUUGACAACUACGGGAACAUCUGUCGUUAAACGAACGAGACAACAAACAAUGCCACAGAAUUCAGAGGUAAAACAGGAAGCUGUGACAGCCAUGAACAUUGCCAUGGAUAUGGAAGCUCAAGGAAAACAUGACAAGGCUUUGAAACUAUUUCAGCAUGCGUUGAACCUUGACCCCUCUCAUGCUGAUAUUCUAACUGCUUUUGGUGAAUUUCUCGAACAUCACGAGAAUGACGUAGCAAAAGCUGAACAAUUGUAUAGUAAAGCUUUGUUACUUAAUCCGGAACAUUCAAAAGCAUUGGAGAAUAGAAAGAGAGUGCUGCCUUUAGUAGAAGAAAUUGAUCAAAGGAUGUAUAAUGCAAUAGAUAAGAAAUUGAGCUUAUUGUACAAAGUUCCGAAUAAUCAUCCUGGUUUACGGAGACAGAAACGCGAAGCAUAUUAUCAGCAUAUAUUUCACACCAAUGCAAUAGAAGGAAACACUUUAACUUUGGCACAGACACGUUCAAUUGUUGAAACAGGUAUUGCAAUUGGAGGUAAAUCUCUCGUUGAACAACAGGAAGUGCUUGGGUUAGAUGCUGCGCUAAGUUACGUGAAUAAUACCUUAUUAGGUCGCAUUGGAUCUAUAACUUUAGAGGAUAUAUUACAAAUACAUAAACGCGUUUUAGGUUUUGUUGACCCACUUGAAGGUGGGCGAUUAAGACAAACACAAGUUUUUGUUGCGGAUUUUGUUCCCGCACCUCCGGAAGACGUGCCGGCUUUAAUGGAAGAUUUUAUCAAUUGGUUAAAUACAGAAGAAGCUUUAAGUUUACAUCCUGUUGAGUAUGCAGCUUUAGCUCAUUAUAAAUUAGUUUAUAUCCAUCCGUUUUACGAUGGAAACGGUAGAACUUCUAGAUUGUUAAUGAAUUUAAUUCUAAUGCAGGCAGGAUUUCCGCCUGUAACUAUUAAAGUGGAAGAUAGAGCACGAUAUUAUGAAACUUUAAAUGAGGGAAACCUAGGUGAUCUGAGAGCAUUUAUUAGAUUUAUAGCAGAGAGCACCGAAAGAACGUUAGACGAGUUUUUGUUAGCAUCUGUAGAAAAUGCAGCUUCAGUUUUACCUGAAAUAUCAAACUGGAGACCAAAUAAAACAAAACCUUCGCGUGUUAUAUAUGCGGAGGCCGAUCCAUGAUGUUAGGGAAAUUAAUCACAUAAAUUUAUUAUUUAUUUUGCUAUCUGUUAUAUAUAAUCUCAUUGUGAUAUUUUAAUAUGAGUCAUCUAAUGACCUUUUGUUUAUGUUUUAAAGUUAGCCUGUUCUUU